UAGGUGGCGUUGCAUUUGCUGCAGUCUCUAGAUUUGACAUACAAGCGAGCUUCGAAUCCGCUUUGUUCCGAACGGUGUACAGAGAAGCACACAAAGCGCAAUGGAUAAACCAGCUGGGAGCGGUAAUGCUUCCAGCAUAUCAAGAAAGAACAGAAGACAAAAUUGGUGGGCUGAGCGCAAAAAAAGUCGUGAAGAAAAACGAGAAGGUUUGAGAAAGUUGAUGCCUGAUAAUAAGCUGCAGGACAGUGUUACAUCUUUAGUGGAACAGAAUAACAAGGGAGGUUUCAAGGCUAGUGUAGCAACUAGGAAUGCAUUAGCACAAGCUGUGGUACCGGGCAAGAUGAAAGUCGAGAUGAAAUCACAAACAAAACUUAAUUUCAAAACUGUUAAAUCUAACUCAGAAAAUUCAAAGAAAAAGGAUAUCAAAGUGAAGGUUAAAGAAGAGGUAAAAGAUGUGUUACCUAAUGUUCAUAUAGCUGGUGAGCAGUCGUCAUCCAAACAUAUGGCCAAGGCUUACGUGCUCUUUGUUGGAAAUCUUCCUUUCAACAUUUCAAAGGAACAGUUAGAAGAACAUUUCAGGAAAACAGGUGGCGUGAAAAUGAUCAGGAUUCCAAAGGAAAAGGGAACAGACAGAGCCAGAGGAUUUGCCUAUAUAGAAUUUAAAGACAGAAUAAGUCAUGGGAUUGCACUCCGCCUUCAUCAGACAACCUUAGCAGGCCGCAAAAUCAAUGUAGAGUUCACAUCCAUCGGCGGUAAAAAUAAAAAGAGGUUGGAAAAGCUCAAGCUUAAAAAUUUGUCUAAGGCCAAAUUCAAAAUGCCUUUGGAACACUGACCUCACUGUUUGUGUCAGCAUUGUGUUUGGUGAAUGAAAGAAUACAUUUGUGUAUCUAAAAUACACUGUAGUGUUUAAAUGUAGUGAAAAGGUUCAAGUUGUGAAAAAAUCAACUCUUAUUGAGGAAUUAAGUUCACAAUUAAAAAUUAACAUAGAGGGCUAUGUGUAUUCUGUAACCUGAUAUUUUUGUGAGAACCAAGCUGUCCAGAUUAACAAGUUCAAGUGUAAUUAGUUUGCAUUGAUGUUAUCGUAUGGAGAUAUUGUUAAUGAGUUUUUUUUCAAAUGCUGAAUGUAAAACCUUCACUGUAUUUCUCUGGUGCCAUUAAUACUUGUUUUAGGGAAGUCAAAAAUAUUUAGUAAAGAUAAUAUUUGAAAGAUUUUUAGACUUCACAUUUAAGCUUGUAUUCAGUGAAUUAUAAUAAUGACUGCAGAGUUGAUUACCUUGCCUAUAUUUUUUCAUGAAACAUGAUAUUGCUUGUUCACAAAUAUCACCUGUUGUACUAGUUUAUUUUAGGCCUCAUCUUUUGUCAAAAACUGCUCACCUUUCCCGUUAAGAAAGUUGUAUCCAUACAGUUCCACAAAUCUCAUUUUCAUAUGAUUUUCAUGAAACUAAACAUGUAUUUUCACCAUUCAUGUUUAAAAUACAAUAAAUAAUGUGUAAUAUGAUUAUUUUGAUAGUACAAAAUUAAAGACAAUUUCCAAUUAAAAACAAAAGACAUGUAACACAGGAUGCAUUUUGAGUCAGAAAUUAGCUACAGAAAAUGUACCAAUUAACUGGUGGGUAUGUAGAACUAAUAUUCACACCCUGCAUAUAUAGCUACAUUCCUCUCAGAUGACGACCAUCUGUCAGAAAUCAUCCAUUUGUUAUCUAUAUAAAUGCAGCUGGUAGGUUAAGGUAUACAAAUGUGAUUGCAUUUGACUUGAUGUAUCCUAUUUAAUUCUAAAAUUAGACAUGCAAUUAACAAUGUUUAUUUACUGAACAUUAGCAUGGGCUCGAGAAGAGUGAUCAGUUUAAGUUAAGUUAAAGAAGUAAAUUUCUGAAUGCAAGACAUACACAUUUAUGUAUAGCAGCCAACUAUAGAUGAUAAUUUCCUGUUGACCCUCUUUUUGAAAUAUUCUGACCAUGAAAUGGAGGUUUGAUACAUUCGUUGAUUGGGAAAAGCAUCAUAAGGUAUGUACUCAAAUUUUAUAUUUUGAAGUUCUCAAUCAUUACCCGGGUGAGCUGAAAAUUAAAUGAAAAUUCCAUUGAGUGAAAUGUAAAAGGUCAUUGUAAGGCUAUGCCAAAGUGUACUGUCACGGUUAGGAGCACAGGGACUUGGCAUGAUCUCCCAACCCUAUUGACUGUGUGUUAGGAAUUUGGCCAGGUCCGUAAGGAGUCAGAAUUAGAUAUAUGUGUAGUUUGCAUGAAUUCAUGUACCCCCUUUAUUAACAUUAACAAGAUAUCAAUACACGCAUAAUUACUGAAAUAGCUUCAGAGAUGUAAGACUUUAUAUCUUUUCUCUCUAAAUUAUUUUUGUUUUGGUAGUAUAUUUAUCGCCUUGAUCCAUUUGAUGGAAUAUAUGUAUCAAAUCUGACAAUACACACAGAAAAUAAUUUUGUGUAUAUUAUUACGCUGAUACAUGUGACUGGAGUUGUGUGAGGAAACUACCGUAUGAUAUUUUGUAUGAGAAAUGUAUCUCUGAAACUUUCUUAGAUGAAACCCAACAGCUUGUAUUUAGAUUCACCAAUUAUUUGUGUCAUAAAAUGAAUUAUCUGUCAUUGUUCACAUUGCUUAUUGAGAAAGGUUUUUCCUUCUUCUUUUUUUUAUUUCAAAAAUGGAAAUUAAAUUCACGUCUGUUUCUUUAGUUUUUGAAUAUUUUAAUACCUUACCCCAAACUAUUUUGGGAAAUUGAGAAGUUAAUGAAAUGUUUAACAAAUAAGUUUUCUUAACUGGCAUGGUAAUUUAGUUUUCCUGUUUUUAUCAGUGUUUUUUUUUUAUUUGUAGUCUACCAGAUAAGAUAUUGUAAUUUAAUUUCUUUUGAAAAAAAGGUAAAAUUCUGUAUAACUUGGCAGAACAAGAAUGAAUGAUAAUAUCUAUCCAAGUUUAAUCAUGGAUAUCAGAAUUCAUAUUAAAUCCUGAUUAAAUACAAAUACCUCGACUCCAACUGUGAUUUUAAAUAUAACUAUUUAUGAACAUAGAAACCAUUGUACAUUAUUUUAUGUUUAUUAAAGGUAUAUAUUAAAUUUAUACACUCAGUCUAUUAAUCUGACAGUUGUGGACAAUAAGAAGUACUAGAUUGUAAUAGGGGGAAUAAUGAGAAAUACCCUGCCCUCACUGGGCCUCGAAAUAGUGACCUCUCCGAGCAGAAUCCUAUUACCCGAGCCCCACUCGAUUUGAACUCUUCUCAGAAGAGAAGCCUUCUAAGAAGAUCUCAUUCCGUUAGAUGUAAAUCAAGUAAACCGGGAGACUAUUACCCAAAAUAAACAAGUUUUUAAGUUUUCUCAAACACUAUGAUACAAACACAUGCAUGUAUGUGUCAUAUAUCCUUCCUUAGUGAAACUCGUCACUCGCACACUUAAAACAUAGUCUCCGCAAUCUUGGAAGAGAAAUCUUCCAGCUUCGAGACGGAAGAAGUAGAAGAUCUUCCAGAAGCAGAAGGGCUUCAAAUCGAGUGACCGGAAGAUAUAUUCUAGAAUGAGAAGAGUGCAAAUCGAACGGGGCUCAGGCUGAAGGGAAAUUACCACUAGUCUGAGCUAGUAAGAUGGCUGAUACUCUCAACUUUUACCCUCCUUGGCUGCCCCAAAAGACUACUACAACCCAGUGGGUUCUUUAGCUCCAAAGAUGCCUCUCAAUCUCCUGUAGCUUACUCCUGGAGUUGUUAACGUCACCAAAUUGGUCAUAAGAUGGAAUAAUGAAAAAUACGCUGCCUACACAGGACUCGAACUAGCGACCUCUAACUCUCCAAGUGGACAUCCUACCUCUAGGCUACAGGGAAAUUCUAGUCUGAGCUAGUAAGAUGACAGAUACUCUCCACUUCUAACAAAUCACCAAUUGGUCCUAAUUGUUGUUAAGUUGAAGUAAUUGAUAUGAAGUAAAACAAUCUGGCAAAUGAAAUCCUCAUGUCAAUAGGGCACAGAAUGGGUUGCAAGUAACUGAAACUGAUUAAAAUCCAUACAAGGUUUUAAAAGUGCAUUGCAUUUUCUAUGGUAUAUUCAAUAUUUUUAGUUUAUCAGACUACACAGAACAGGUCUCUACAACAUCUUUAAGGUACAUGGGUUUCUUUUUUUUUUACAUAAAAUAUGCUAUUCUCAAACAACUCUUUGUUUUGCUGGAUGCAUUAUGAAUUCUUUUUUUUUAAUCUAAACUUAAAUCACAAAUUCAGAAUUUACAAGGAUUUUCAAAAAUAAAGUAUAUAAUGAACAUAGUACUUAAGAUAUCUUUGUGGUAUAUCCAUGUUUUGUUAUAUGUACAACUUUUGUCAAUAUGAGUACAGUUGUUGAAUUACAUGUAUAUGCCACAAACAGCCUUGGCAAACCUUCAUUAAAAGUUUCUUUUAAUUAAAUUGUUUGUUUUCAUUUAAUGUAAUAUGUAUAUUUCUUUCUCUAAACAAGUAAACUAUAAGAUCAUUUGAUUGAUCAACAACAGUUGUAUUGCAACCAUCAUGCUUUUUGUGUGACAAUUUAAUUUGGUUACCUAUGGUUAUGGUCCAACAUAGGCAUGAGUAUGAAUCACUGGAUUGAGGAUAUGGCUUGUGAUUUAGUUUGUAAUGAUGGGGAAAUACUGUUAUAUUAAUGCUUAAGUGCUUAAUAAUCAUGGUGCAUGAAUUUAUCAGGUGUGAAUAUUUUGUUUUUAUGCCUUUGUAAUGGGAAGAUAACUCGUUUUUGUAUCCAUUACAAAAUCUUUUUGUGCAACUACAACUAGACAUUAUACAGUGUUUCAGCACAAGAAAUGCUACCCUGGUAAUUGAUUUCUGAUCAGAUUGUUUUGAAAAGCGUUUUCAACAUUUGAAUAAAAACAAAAACAAAAAAACAUUGAUCUGGAAAUUUCCCACAGAAUAUACCUGUGAACAGACAUGAACAACAUUAAUGUACGACAGUUUAGUUAAAAAAGAUUGGUGGAGGUUAUUAGGAAUGACAUGUGUAGGACAAGUUUUGAUUGUCCAGUCAAAUGAUGAACUCUAUACUGCCUUAAUGUUUAUAUUUUAUGUUAUUUCGGAUCUGUUCAUGGUCUCACCAAACAUUGAUUUACUUUUUUACAAUUAAUUUGUUUUGUUUUGGUAUGAAUUACAGCUUUAAAUUUGAAACAUUAUAUUUCAGAAUGAAACUAGUGAUGUGUGGUUUGGUGUAUCUACAGUCAGCUUUCAUUCUGUUGUAACAUUUUUAUCAACGAUUUUAUUUUUUUGUUGGGACAGGACAAAUCAAAGCUAAAUGAUAACGUACAAGCUAUGGAGGUAAACAUAUCUACCUACGUAUGCAUGGCCAUAUUUUGUAAAGCUGUACAAAUUUGGAGUCACUUACUUUCUGUUUUUGUUCCAAAUUUUCAAAAUGCUAUGAGUCUUGAGUUUAUCUCUUCACAUUGAAGAAUAAAAUUAAACAUUGUAUA